AUGGAUGAAUCAGACAGAAAGGUAAGUCGGUUAUGGAGAACCUUCAAGACGGUCAAAGAGAUGGUCAGAGACCGAGGAUAUUACAUCACGCAAGAAGAAAUCAACAUGUCAUUGGAAGAGUUCCGGUCCAAGAUUUGUGACAGUAUGAACCAACCUCAAAGAAAAUUGAUGUGUUUCCAAGCCAACCCCAUGCCUGAAUCGUUAGAGAAGUUCCCUGAAUUGGGAUCUUUAUGGGUUGAGUUUUGUGAUGAAGCGUCUGUUGGUAUCAAGACCAUGAGAAACUUUUGUAUUCAUAUUAGUGAGAAGAACUUUCUGACGGGUAUUUUCAUAUACCAGAAUAGCAUUACCCCCAGUGCCAAUAAGUUGAUCCCCACUGUGUCUCCCGCAUCCAUUGAGACGUUCCAAGAGGGGGACUUGAUUGUCAACAUCACUCAUCAUGAGUUAGUGCCCAAACAUAUUCGGUUAUCAACGGAGGAGAAGAAGGAGUUGUUGGCAAGAUAUAGAUUGAAGGAGUCGCAAUUACCCAGAAUUCAAAGAGAAGAUCCGGUGGCAAGAUAUUUAGGUUUAAAAAGAGGGGAAGUGGUCAAGAUCAUUAGAAGAUCAGAAACUUCUGGAAGGUACGCUUCUUAUAGAAUUUGUUUAUAA